ACAGUCGGUACUUCCGGCAUAAUGUUUUUAGCCGACCCAGGGAUGUGGCUUGCUAGGGUACUGUGACUGUGUUCUUCAACCAUGUUCUUUUAAUCCUUUUAAACUGGAUGAUUUUGGACAUGACUUCAUCAAAGUUGAAUCCUGGACUUCAAAACUCUGCUACGCCGACCUCCUUAGUGGAGCAGGUCGGACUGGUUUGCGUGGGGAUGGACAACCAGAGCUACACCUGUGAAUCUGGCCGCUGCUGUGGAGACGCCGAAUGCUGCCUUAACUACUACGAGCUGUGGUGGUUCUGGCUGGUCUGGGCUUUGAUCAUCAUCCUGACGGGUUUUUGCAUCUGUCACCACUGGCGGGCCAAGCAGCGCUUCCAGCAGCAGCGGCGGCAGAACGAGAUCAACCUUAUCGCCUACAGGGAGGUCAACAACAACUCGCAGUUACCCCUCUAUCUCAGGUUCCUGCCGGUCUACCUGCUGCCAGCCUAUGAGGACGCAGUCGACCGACCACAAACCCCCCCUCCCCCCUACACGCCCCUCCAGUUGGCGCCACCAUGCUCCGACCCCCUAGAGGAUGUCUGUGGCUCCUGCUCGGGUGCCUCCACGGAGCACGACGAUAACGCCGACCCCCAGGAGGCAACGCAGAUCUACUCCAGUGGCCCCAGUACCCCCGACAAGGACUCCACACCGGGCCGGUACCGGCGGUUCACGGGCGAUUCUGGCAUCGAAGUGUGUGACAGCCAGGAUCCUCUGUGGGACAGAGAGGAGAUGUUAGAGGAGGGGGGCGGUCCGCAGACCAAGCCUCCUGGGUGACCAUGUCGGGGGUUGGCGAUUAACAGGAACAUCUACCUCACAGGGACAGCUUCGGAACCGGGGGUGGGGGGACCCAAACACCCAGGUUCUAGCAGAGAUUCUGUGGAUCCAGACCAGCAGCCUUUAAUGAGAUGCUGGGUUCAUUUCUAAGGAAUGUCUUUUUUUUCUAAUUGAAAUGUGUUGGAGGAGACAUUUGGUUUGACUGUCAGCUUUACGUCUGUUUGGGUUCUUUGUAUGAAAACCACUAACGAUUAUUUUACAAAUCGAUUCAUAUUUUUUACGAUUAAUAAUCGGAUAGCCAAAGGUUCCUUAAAGAAGACUUUUCUAUGAAAUCAGACCGGGUGAAACUAAAACCUUUUCACUUGAAGAGUUCUGGAUUAUUACGACGGAGUAUCAGGGCCAGGUUAGAGAUUUUUUUAUUUUGAGAGUAAAGUCGUGGCAUUAAGAGAAUAAGGUGGUAAUAUUAUAAGAAUUAAG